AAGUAUUCCAACAGCUUCAGUAGCGUUUCAAAAUGUCUGGGCGUCGAUCACGCAUUACAUACCUCUUAAUCAUCAUCUUAGCCACGUCUUUCGAAGCCAGCCUUUCGGCCGCCAGCGUGAGAACAAGGCGCAGCAUCGGUUCUUUCGGGGAUAUGAUUCGGUUUAGCACACGGAUGGAGGCACUGCUUUUCAAUAAUUACGGAAAUCACUGCGGAAGUGGCGAGACCGGCACCCUACCCAUUGUCGACGCUAUCGAUCGCUGCUGUCGCAAACACGAUCUUUGUUACGAAAGCCUACCGAACGGCCCGUGCUCGUCGUCGUUCUUCGGUGCCUAUUUCACUUUCUACACGUGGACUAUCGUUUCGAAUGGCAGCCAACAACGACAGGGAGCCACCAUCGUUUGCGGUGACACCAAUGUAUGCAAACUGGCUACGUGCAACUGCGACCGAGCAGCCGCCCUGUGUUUCGGCAGACAUUCGGCUUCGUACAACAUCGCCAACAAACGCAGUAGCAUCUGGGAUUGGCUCAUUUAACAGCACCAGCAACGAUCCCGAGAGAAACGAGGAAUACGUAGACAAAAAAAAAAAAAAGUGAAUAUUAUUAUUAAG